AUGGCGAUGCCAUUCUUAUGGUAUAACCCAUUUGAACUUCCAAAUCAAAAAGGAAACAUCCUCCUACAAACUCUCAUAUCAUGCCUUUCCGAGAAUGAUAAAGAACGUUUACAAAUAAGAAAUGUUAAAUUUCAUUUCCUCUCCCAAUCACCACCACCUCUUUUCGAUUACCCACGAUACAUACGAACUUUUAACUCUGAAAAAUUCACGAGCCUUUAUAAAAGAUAUCACUCCAAGGAUAAGAACAAUGAUAUCUUUUUAUUUCAAUUAUUAAUAAAUAUGAUUUUUGACACUUCUUAUGGUUUUAAACAUUUUGUAAAUAAUUAUACUUUAAGUGAUUAUAAUCAUGCCCUUCAAAAAAUUAUUUCUUGUAAUAAAAAUCUACCCAAAGUUUUUUCAAAUAUUCAAAAGUUAGAAUUUCAAUGCGCGAUUUCUCUCCUUCAUAAUACACUCACCGGUAGCGUCUCAAGUUUAUUAAGGAAUGUUCGACAUUUAUUACUCAUCAUUCGUAAUGAUCACGAUCAUUUACAAAAUAAUUUUGACAUCAUCCCUCAUUUCAUUCAAUCAAUGAUCGAAUUAAAAAGUUUGGUGAUAAAUGAACAUUGCAUUAAUUUUAAUAAAGAGGCCAUUUUUAAAGCGAUAAAAAGUCAUGAGAAUUCUUUAACCUUUCUUGGAUUUCAAAUCGUGAAUGAUUAUUCCCUUUUAAUUCAAAUCUUAAUAAGUUGUACAAAGUUGGAAACGUUGGAGAUUACUCAGGAGAGGACUUCAUUUUUCACCAAUCGAAAUCCUUCCCAACAAUUUUAUUUAAACAAUCAUCAAAUUUCCGUGAAACAUUUUUAUCAUAAAAACAUCAUUGGGAAUGAAAAUUUUUUUAAGACCUUUCUUAGAAUGACAUCACGUAACCUUCAAACAUUCUCCUCAAGAUAUAUCACGAGAGACAUCGUAGAAAUCAUGAGGGAACAUUGUCCAAACAUAUCUUAUUUAAAUAUUUCAACGUUUUCAUUUUAUAUAUCUAGCUUUUUUCAAUUAAUUGAUUCUUUAAAAUUACUUGAACAUUUUACCUUGGAAAUUCAGGAUGGUUAUCCCAAUUUUCAUGAAUAUGACUUGCAACAAUUGGCAAGUAAAUUACCACAUUCUUUAAAUUACUUGGGAAUCAAUUUUUUUUUAACUCCAAAUCAAUUAAAUUUCUUUUUAAAAGAAUGCAAGGCUCAAAUACAAACCUUAGAAUUAAAUUAUUUUCAUUUACAUGAUUUUGAUUAUGUUCAUACCGUUAUAAAAUAUUCUCAAGAGGUAAAAUGUUUAAAAUUAGUUAAAUAUAAAAAAGGCAUUUAUGGGAUGGGUUAUUGUAGAUUUAAUCCCGAAUUACAUUGUAGAAGAAAUAGUAGCAAUGAGAAACAUCACAUUUAUAUGAAUAAGGGAUUUAAAACUUUUAAAAAGAAAUAUGAUUUAAUUGAUAAAGGAGCAAUUAAAAUUGGUGAUUUAUCCCUUUGUGAGGUCAAACCCUACAGUUAUAGUUUCUAUGAUAGAAUCUUUAAUAGCGCUCUUUAA